AUGCAGACCGCGUCGUAUUUCGGAAAGGAAACGAGACAGGGAUUGUAUGGUUACGCUGUCCGCCCAGUCGAACGACAGAAAGUACCGAGACGCAAAUCUCUUCCAUCGUAUGCUGCUUCAAGUCCGUAUAUUGUGGCACCGGACCUGACUUCGGCGGGUGGGUGUAAGCAACAGCUGGAAAACGCUGGCACGAAGAUAAUGUCAUGUGGUUGGAAAAGAACUCACUCGAUGUGGACUUUAGUUAGCACCGGAUGUCUGAAUACUUGCGACUUCAACGACGACUGCAUUCCAGGAUGA